AAUUUAUUGAGAACAAGUGAUAAAUCUUCAGUUUCCAUCUUCAAUUUUAUCUCUUCACCUUCACUGAAACUUUCAGUGAAGAAAAUUCAGGGUGAAUACAAGGUCGUUAGUGAUAGAGAUGGCAAAAGAAAUGGACAUGUAAGUGAUAGUAAAGUUGGUCCUCAGUAUAGUGAUACUGAAGAUAGGGUUACUGGAACAAAGAAAGGUAAAGAAAAACUGAAAAGGAAGGAAGCUGGACUAAAGAUUGUAUCAGAUUCCAGCAAAGACAGUGAAAUAAUUGCAAAUUCUACUUCAGAUUCUAGUACAGAAAGUGAAAUUAUUGCAUAUUCUACAGCAGUUGUGAAAUUUGAGAACAAAGCUGAAGAGAAAAGAGAUCAGGUGCUAGAGAAAAGUAAUAAAAUUGAAAUAACAGAACUGUCUGAUAGUGUUGAUUCUGAUAGUGAGGAAACUGGUCUAAUUUCAGUAGCUUAUGGAUCGAUAGAUGAAGGUAAAAUGAAUAAAGAUAAAUCAGAUAAGUCUGAUAUAUGUGUAGAAACAAGUAAAGAGGUUAGAGCUGAUACAAAUAAAGAACUGGUAAGCGAAAGAAUUAGUGCAUGUUCAUUUGAAGACCAGUUUAAAAAUUGGAUUAAAAAAGGUAAUGUGAACAGUGAGACAGAAAGAAACGAGAACACGGAUUGUCAGAAUAGCCACAUCUUUGCAGGACACUCAGUAGAAUCAGAUAAAGAGUGUCAGGAAACUGAAAACAAGAAGAAUGCCAGUGGUAAAGAUUCAAGUACAGAAAUGGAAAACUGUGAGGAGAAUAUGCCUACAGAUAGUUUUCAAGCAACAGCUUCACAACCAGGCGGUGACAUCUUUGUUACAAAGGAGUCUUCACAGAAGGAUUCAGGUUUACAGCCGUGUGAUCAAGUCAGUUUGACCAGUCCUGUACUGUGUACUCAACCUUUUGAGAUCUGUCUAUAUCCACAGACACAAGAAUUUGUACCCAAAUUGUCUGAAACUUUGGUACAGACACCAUUACUGGAAUCUCUGACAGCAUGUAACAAUGAGUCAUUGAGUAAAAGUAAUAUUUCUAAGGAUUCAGAUAUUCCACAAACACAAGAGUUUCUUCCACAACUGUCUGAAAGUCUCAUUCAGACAUCCAUGCUUGAAUCUCUGACAUGUCCCAAUGAAUCAGUGAAUGACAGGAGUACUUCUAAAGAUUCUGACAAAACUAGCAGGACCCCUUUUCAUGUGGAAUGUAACAGUUUAAAAGAGGGUCAGAUUGAAACUACAAAUGAAUUGGAAAAGGAUUUGACAAAAUAUGAUUUAGGUGAAACAAAAAAAAGUUACACUAGCAUGAGAAAGUCAUCUCCUGAAAAGGUAAAGAAAUUGGGUGACAAACAAGUGACUGUUCCAUUUCACCUGGGACAAGCACAUAAAAAAAAUACCGGUGAUGAAAAGGAAAAUAUUGUGCAUUCAGGCAGUUCUGUCACAAACAAAACAUCGCUUAAUGAUCACUUUGAGCACACAGGUAAUAGCAUUAUUGAAGCCACAUUUGAUGCCACACUUGGUGCCACUAGGGAGACAAGAUGUGUAAGUUCUACUGAAGAUAAAACAUUCACUAAGUUGAUGAAAAAGUGUGAACCUCAAUAUGUUUCUAGUGACUUCUGGGCAAUAUCUAAACCUGAAAAACUUGCUUUUAAAGUGAAACCUGUGAAAAGAACAAAUAUUCAUAGAAAGAGAAAAUCAGAUUUCAAUAGUUUAGAUAACACAAGUAAAAUUAAGAAACAGAAAUGUACAGAUUCAGUUGAAGAAUAUAGUAAAGUAGUGAAAGAAAGAAAUGAAACUAAGGUUGGACUAAAACAAAACAACAAAGUUGCAGAGUCAGUGGUUGACACUUUGAAUGAUUCUUUAGAAGAUUUUGUUGUGAAUAAAAGUCCUAAGAAAGCAAAGACUUCAACAAAAGCUGUUCAUGAAGAAACUGUAGUCGUCGGAGACAGGGAAAAUAAAACCAAGUCUACAGAUGGUGUUAAAACACCCUGUAAAACAUAUGAACCACGUAAAAUAUUCAUCGACGGUCAUUGUUUUGGUAAUAAAGUAUUUUGGCAAAAUUUUAUUGAAUCGCCAUAUUCUGCUCCAGCUUCAGGUGAAACAAAGAACAAAUCUUUCGUUGAAAAGACAAACAAGAGGAAGUCUAGGUUAGAUUCUAGUCAAGGAUCACAGAAAAAAAGUAGUUCUUCCACAGUUGGUGAAAAUGUUGAAAAAAUCGAGCAUGCAGCUGUGAAUAGGUCAUCUGAGUCACUGUUCUCAGGGGAGAACGAAGAAAAUGAAAUACACGACUUAAGUCCAGACUCUUUACUUCCACGUAAAAAAAUAGAAACAGGUGUUUCAGAUAUUGUUAAAACAUAUGCUGAUCAAACAAAGUUAAAAAAAUGUGUGAAAAUUGUAAAUGAAAGUGGAACUAAGAGUAAAAGUAACAGUGGAGAUCUUAUAUAUAGCAGAGUUAAUGGCAUGCUUAGAUUCUAUAGACAGAAAGACGCAGAACAUGAAGAAAACAAAGACUCUGACAGUGGGGCAUUAGCAGAUCCGCAGCUAGGAAGGUACAAAAGGAGGAAUGCCAAACUAGACAAUAACACUGAUAGGAAGGUAUUUGAUCCAGUCUGUGAAACUUCUAAACAGAUUAACUCGGUUAACAAGCAAAAAGAACGUGUAGAGAAGUCUGAAGGCAAUAAAAUCCCUAGUUUAGACAUGAAGGGGUCUGUCUUCAAUGAAAUGUUUUCAAUAGAUAAAAAGUUGUUUGUACAUGACUGGUUGAUGAAACAUAAGAAGAUAGGAGAACAGGAAUCUUCCUCUCAGGAACUGUCACCCCCAGAAAUUCAAACUCCUGGCAAUUCCCUGCCUUCCUAUCAACCUACUGUCAGUGCAGUUGGUCAGCAAGCACAGAAUUAUGUGACAGAUAGAGAGCAGUCAUUUGUCCUCCAUGAAGUUUCAGCUAAAGAGCAACAAAAGAGAGAAAACUCUUUAGAUGAUACAAGUUCCUCUGAGUCCUCAGGCAGUAUCAGGAGUGAAGAUUUAAAAAAGCCAAUGCCUGCAGCUGCUAGAUAUUUGUUAAAGUUCAGAAAAGCUAGAAGGGAGAGGAAAAGGAAGAAGAUGUUGGAAUUCAAAUCAAACAUGAAAAAUACAGUUUAAAAUCCUGUACCAGGCAAUGAGUGAUGGCUUAUUGACAGAAAUUCAUGUUACAGUCAGUGACAGAUUGCUUGGUGGCAGGAUAUCAUGUUACAAUCAAUGACUGAUGGCAUGGUAACAGGAUAUCAUGUUAAAAUAAAUGAUAUCUUGUUACAGUUGGUGACAGGUGGCAUGGUGACAGGAUAUCUUGUUACAAUCAAUGACAGAUGGCAUGUUGAUAGAAUAUCUUGUUAGAAUCGAUGACUGAUUUCUUGGUGACAGAAAAUCAUGUUACAAUUGUUGAUCGAUGGCUUGGUGACAGGAUAUCUUACAAUCAGAUAUGGAAAUGUUGACCUUGGAAUAAACAUCAACUUUUGAAGUAGGAAAUUAUGGCAUCCGAUGUCUGUAUGUAGAUAAUGGGGUAAAUGCAAAGCAACUUAGUAUUGAAAAGAGAUUUACUGUACAUAAGUGGAAUGAAGAAUAGGAGCUUUGAAUCAUGUGCUUAAUAGAUUUAUAGAGGCUGUGAUAAAAUAUCCUGUCAGUUAGUUGUUUUUAGCUUAUACAAUUUAGUGCUAACAUGUGUCCAGCAAAUUAGCAUGAUUGUGCUGAUUUUAGUUUCAUUGAAAAGAAUGGUUUUAAAUAUUUACAUUUGAACUGUUUCAAAUUAAAGCUUUGACAAGACCAUUAUUAAGCUUUAGCCUGCUGGCAGCAAGUGAUUUUGCCUUUGUGACCAGUGCAGACCAAGAUCAGCCUGCACAUCUUAGUUAAUUGAGUAUGUUUUCUUUGUGUUUGAACAUACAGUUUUAUAAGACAGGGAUCAUAAAGUGCACCCGAGGGUGAAUAUUGUAAACUUGAGAAAUACACUUAAUUUUUCAAGGGUUUACAAUAUCUGCUUCUAUUUUAUGCUCUUCAGUGAAAUACUGAAAUUUAUCGGUGAAAUAAAAUUGAUAUUUUCACUGUUUCAAACAGUGAAAGUAUCAUUUUUAAAUUUCCUUGGUACAGAAUACACUUGAAUGCAAAAUAGUAUGAAUUAUAAAUGAGAGAAAAUUCCUUGCAAAAUAUUCUUCAGUAAAAGUAUAGAUGCAUAAAAAUAAGAACAGGAUCAUAAAUAUUAUUUACUUUCUAUCAUAAUAAAAGGUAAAAGAAAUCAGGAAAGGUAAUAGAACUAUUUACAGUUUUUUCUAAAAAGAUAACCUGAUGUCACAACAUUAUGAUGUCAUGAUGCGAUGCGUGUGACAUUGUGCGGACAAACUUGUAUAAUUUUGUUAAACCAUCAAAAAAAAGCAUAAGAUAAAUUGAAAAUUUGUUUGUUUCAAUGUAAGAUCAAAAUAUAUUUCACUCAUGAACACCAUAAACACCAUUGAAAUAUAUUUCGAUCUUGUGCUAAAACAAACAAAUAUCCUGUAUUUAUUCUGCAGUGCAUGUGAUAUAUAUUCAACUAAAUAUAGAUAUAAAGAAGUGCUUAUUAUGUUGCUAAUGUAGUAGGAAUUUAGAUUGUUUUAGGGAAGUGCCACAAUUAUGUUGCAUAUGUUACACUGAUUUUUUUUUUGGCCUGAGCUCAUGGUGAGCUUUCGUGAUAACGUUGUGUCCGUCAUGUGUGCGACUGUUCAUCCAUCAAGUCAUCCAUCCAUCUUCAACAGUUGUGUUUAAAGGACAUCUCCUCCAACACCACUGAAUGGACUUUGAUGAAACCUAUACUGUGUUGGUGCGCCGUAAAACCCAGAUAAAUAAAUUGAUGAAACUUGGCGUGGAUGUUCCUUGGAUAGGUCUCUACCAAAGUUGCACAAAAUGGGGGCUCAGAGCUAACAAUAGAAAAAUCAUAAAACAACGUCUCAUAAACCAAUGGUCAGAUUUUGAAAUAAUUUCACACAAAUGAUCCUUAUGUCACCCUCGACCAAGAUUAUUCAAAUUAUACUAAUUUGUCAAAAAACAUGGCCACCAGGGGGUGUGGUCACUUUUACCUAUAUGUUUAUAGUGGAAAUUUUAAAAAAAAUCUUCUUUUAUGAAACUGCUGGCCCAAUUUUAAAAUAGUUUUAGUGUAAUACACAAAUGGUCUUUGUGCGAUCCUCUACCAAGAUUGUUCAGAUUUAUUUUGAUUCGUCAAAAAACAUGGCUGCCAGGGGGUGUGGUCACUUUUCCCUGGUAAAAACUUAGAUGAUCUUCUUGUAUAAAACUGUUAGUCCGAUUUAAAAAUAAUCACUAACAAAUUAUCCUUGUGUGAAUAAUGUUCAAAUUUUUCUAAUUCGUCAAAAAACAUGGCUGCCAGAGGGCAUGGUCACUUUUCAUCAACAAUUUCUUUGAACAACAUCUCCAGAACUGCUGAAUGGAUUUUGAUGAAGACACAAAUGAUCUCUGGGUAGCCCUCUUUCAGUUGUUCAAAUGGUUCCAGUUCAUUGAAAAUAUUGGUCUUUUUGGUUAAAAAUAGGUUUACAGAUGUCAGAAUUUAAAAAUCUUUUAUCUAGAGCUUUGAUAUUUUGAAUUUGACUCUCUACCAUAAUUCUCCAAAUUAUUGCUCUAAGGUAAAAAAAUAGCUACGCCUCUGUGUUUGACAUAUUGACUGUAGGCUUAUAUAUAAGAAACUUUGAAAAUCUCUGAAUCAAUAAUAGCUAGAGCCUUGAUAUUUGGCAUGUGAUAUUAGAGUUGUAUUAUCUACUUAAAUUAUUCAAAUUAUUGCCCUAGGUUAAAAAAUGUUUGUGGCAGGUAUAUAAUAUAGGCUAAUAUAGAAGAAACCUAACUCAAUACUUAGUACCAUUUUGUUAUACAAACACACUUGAAGCCUUGUACACAGGUGAGUGCUUUAGGGUCAAUGACCCUUGUUUAAAUUUCAGUCUUGAUCUGAAGGCAUGUUCCUUUAAGAAAUUUAUGUUCAGGAUGUCUGCAGUUUGUGUGGGGGGGGGGGGGGGGGUCGUGAUAAAGUUUUAUACAUGUGUUAUAUGUUAUAUUUUUUCAUAUGUGUAGUUUAAAUAUUGAAGACAAAAUAUCAUUUAAUAUCAUAAAUGUUUGUCAAAUUAUUUUCACUGCCAUUUUAUUCUUGUUGUUGAGUUCAGUUACAAUCAUUGCCAACUUCAACAGAUUUUAAUACCUCUAGAUUUAUGUAACUGUAAGUUAAAUGUAAAAGCAAUUUGGUUGAGUGAGUUCUAGUCAUUAGUGAUGUAUCACAUGGGUGUGAAAUACGUAAAAUAUAUAGAAAACUCCCAAAAUCAUGCAAUAGAAUUGUGAUGUAAUGUAGAAGGAAGUUAGCUGUAAUUUACAAAAUUCUUAAUAAUUUUCCUGCUUAAACAUUACUGUAUUCAUGAUUUCAGAUAUUCUGCUUAAAAAAAUUUCAUCAUCAGGAUGAUGCCCCCUUAAGGAAUUUAUUUUAAGCAUGGCUGUCUAACUGGUGUAUUUUGUAAAAACCAGGUUAGUAUGUGCUAUAUAUAAAUUGUUCAACAUUCGUGCAUCCAGGUGCUAUGAGUAAACAAAAAUAGAAGGCACAUAACACUUCAAUGCAGAAAUAAGUCUUCAUUUUUGUGCUUACCAGGAUUUCUCGUUAAAAGUUUCCAAUUUAGCAUGUGUAGUCAAUGAGUGGUCCCAUCUGAAAUGGAUUGAACAAAUUAUUUCAAGUUGAGCCAGUGGCAGACGCCAGCAUCCCAUCCAGAAACAGUGCCAAUUUAAGUAAAUCACCAGAUAAUGAACACUAGUCAGGAUAUCAGUUGCCACUGGGAAUUGAACCCAGAUUGCUGGACUACUUGUAGUCCAACCUGCUAACCACAGCACCACUGGCUUCCCUGUGGUUCAAAUGGAGAAAACGCGGAUCAUUUCAUUUCAUUAAGUGUUAGUCAUAAUAUAUUCAUCCGCACCUUACUUUUAUUAUUGAGUUCUGUUGCAGCUGUUGCCUUGUAUAUUCAUUUGUCUUUGUCAUCCUUUAUCAAAUACAAACAAAUAAAAAGAGGUUUAACUA